AUGAUCAUCCGUGCCGUUACUUGCCAAGAUGUUGCGGAAGAUACGAAGCUUGUAUCCCGCUUGAAAUACCUUUAUGAUAUUAUUGAUGCAUCAGUCAAGCCCUUGCGCUCCUUUGCUUGGGUACCUGGUCUUGCAACUUUCAACAAGAUGUGUGCAUCUAUGUAUCUGUCCAGAAACGGGUCAACAGUGGCGUGCGAAGAAACGACACUCUUCAGCAGCUCCUUGACUCUGGGGAAAUUUAUGAUGGGACUGCCUAUCGCUGGGGCGCGAUCCACAGGAACAAUUGAUAUAAUGGGGAUGUUAUCGGCCAUCCCCCUUGCCGAGUGGGAGUCCAAAACCCCGCAGCUGGAUCUCUGCAUUCGUGAAACACUCCGGAGAGCUCAGCCACAUACGGCGGUACGGCGCAACAUUGGACCUGACCUGCCAAUUGGUGCUUAUACAAUCCCAUCCGAUGCCUUCGUCCUAUAUCCGUUCUCUGAUGCGGCGCUGAAUCCCACCCUUUAUCCAGACCCAUUGCGCUGGGAUCCCGGCCGCACAGUUGUCGACAAGGACGCAUUCAUCGGGUGGGGGGGCGGCACGCACUUAUGCAAAGGCCAGCGUCUGGCCAAUUUGACCUUGAAGAUCAUAGUGGCCUACACUUUGAUGAAUUAUGACAUCGAUCUGGUCAACAAUAAUGGCGACGUAGUCACUAGCCCCCCCGUUCCAGACUGGAAUGACUACUUAACAUGUCGGCCUAAAGGCGAUUGCACGCUUUGUUUUACAAAGUGCAGACAGUCAACCUAUAAGUUAUAA